AUGUCCUAUAAAGAAUAUAAUAUAGCCAAUCAAAAGAAGAAACAGAAACAAAAACAACAACAACUACAACAACCUCAACAGCAACAAUCUAAACAACUUGUACAUAAAGAUCAUAGUCACUCAUUACUUCAACAACAGAAACAACAACUUCCAUUCUCUCCACUAUUCCCAUCAUCAUCACCAUCAUCAACAUCAUUCAACACCAAGCGAAAGGAUAGAGCAUCCGAACAUUUGCUACCAGUGCAUCAAACAGAUCAACAACAACAACAUAGUGAUGAUAUUGAUGAUGAAGAGUUUAUGUACUUUGGAAGGAAUAGAGCAAGUGAUAUGUACAGAGCCAAUCAAACCAAGAACAACAGCGUCAUCAACAACAACAACAACAAUAAUAACACAAGUAGUAGCAACAAUGAAAGACAUAAGAUUAGUGACUCAUUGAUGAGUAGUCAGGUCAAGACAAAGAAGUAUCCAAUCACUUUUGAACAACUACAGACUACUCUUAGUAGCAACAAUAGCAUAACUGGCAUGCCAUCAUCAUUGUCAUCGUCAACAACAUCAUCAUUGAAUGACUCUUUCAACAUUAGAGUCAACUCACCAAAGUUGACCAUCUUUGAGAAGGACACACCACAGAGCCAGCUCGCAGCUUCAUUGGCAUCAUCUUCUUCGACGACUACGACGACACCAACAGUGAGCACAGUAGCAGCAUCCAUUCGCAAGCCUAUAUUGCUCAGCGAGGAGAUUGUCUAUCUCUUCUGGAAUCGAUCUAUUCACAACACGAUCAAGGGCAUUGAGACUGGCGCUCUGUUAUGUGGACGCGAUGAGAAGACACACUUUGUCAUCACCGAGCUAAUAUUCCCCAAUCAGGUGGGCCGCGACGACAGCUUUGAGUGCAUCAAUGACGAGCAGGUGUUCUGCUACCAGCUCGAGAGAAGUCUACUCACACUGGGCUGGAUCCACACGCACCCGACGCAGACGGUGUUCCUGUCGUCCGUGGACAUCCACAACCACUACUGCUACCAACAGCAGCUAAAAGAGUCGAUUGCCGUUGUGGUCAGUCCAAAGCCCACGCCCAACUACGAGGUGUUCUCGUUGAGUGCCGGCGGCAUGGAUUCAAUCGCCAAGUGCAGUCUCAAAGGAUUCCAUCCACAUGACGAUGCCGACAGUCUGUACCAGAGCUCACCGCACGUCAGAGUAGUCAAUUCCUCACAGAGUAUGAUUGGGUCUGGGUCGGGGUCGGGGUCGAGUACUGGCCUCGCCAACAACAACAACAGCUCUUCAGAACCACUUGUGAUCACGAUCAAAGACUUUAGGACAUCAUCACUCAUGCAAACCUACUCUGACAUCACAUCCAUCCAGUUCUCGCGGACAUCCACCUUCUAG